AUGCAACAAGCUAUACGAACAGUGGACAUUGGACAAGCAUACUUGAUAGCGUACGUGAAACCUCUCACAGAGACUCUUACCUCUCUAAUUCUGGCCCAGAUAUCAGAGCUGCGCGAACAUCUCGACCAGGUGCCCGUAUCGCCCGAUCCGGAUGAUGAAGUGGUGAACGAAGUACCCGGUCCAGAGCUGCUGUUUGGACGUAAUGCCCAUGCGACUAGAGAAGAGCUCCUCGCUGCUCUUCCUCCGCGGCCAGAAGCGGAUCGUCUCAUUGAUACAUUCUUCAUGUCAAUGGAAUCUCAUCCAAGUAUGCUCACUACCUCGGUUGAAGAGCGUCCACUGAUAUCUCCAGCCCUCAUCCACAAGCCAACCUUUCUCAAACAGUACAAUGAGCUGUGGACACAAUCAUCGGAAACUUCAACUAUGUGGUUGGGUGUACUCUACGCUGCACUGGCACUUGGCUUUCGUUUUCAAGCCGCGGUGAACGCUCAUCAGCUUGGCGAUACUGAACUGGCUCCUGAUCUGGCGCGGAUCAACUUCUAUCGCGAGAAGGCUGCGCAAUGUAUGAUUCUUGCAAACUACACCAAAACACCGCCAUACACGAUCGAAGCGUUCUUGUUGUAUUUUGGUACCGAAUUUCUACGCUCAACCGACAGCCAGUUCAGCAUCUACAUGCUUGUUGGCAUGCUUGUACGUCUUUGUUUCCGAAUGGGAUACCACAGGGACCCGUCGAGAUUUCCGAACAUCUCGCCCCACGAAGGUGAGCUGAGGCGUCGUAAAUGGCUCGUAGUCAUGUCGCUAGAUUUUACCACCUCUUCUCAAGCCGGACUGCCACGGACGAUCAUGCCGCAAAUGUACGAUACUCAAGAGCCCCGUAACUUGGGUGAAGACGACCUUCACGAAGACAUGCUAGAACUACCACCCUCAAGGCCCGAAACUGAGUUGACGCAACUGCUUUACUCCAUCGUUCUCACGAGGUUGCGAAGUAUGCAGGCCAGGAUUGUAGAUCUCGUCAAUGCUACCUCGCUGCCACCGUACGGAGAGAUCACGGAGAUGGACGCCACACUAAGAGAUGUCUUCGAAAAGAUACCACAAUCGCCAGCAUCGAACACCUUCGACGAUCUUAGUACCGAUUUAUCACCAGACUUCAUGCGCUACACGUAUUUGAACGUAGCCUUCUUGAAGGCCGAGCUUAUGUUGCAUCGACCCUACUUCGUACUCGGCCGAACCGAUAGCAGAUAUACAUACUCCCGCAGGGUCUGCUUGAACGCUGCUAUAGAGAUGCUUCGCUUCCAGAGCAAGCUUGACGCUGAGGUCCAACCAGGAGGUAGACUAACUUCACCAGGGUGGCGUCUCUCUACCUUGAGCUGGUACAUGUCUUCCAUCAUUGCGCAAGACUUCUUACUCGCCACUACCGUCUUGGUAGUCGAGCUUGAUGAGGAACUCAUUGCUCCCAUCCCACUGGGUUCUGAGCUUAUGGAAAGCGGGGUGCAACUGGACCAAGCGUCCCCGACGCAAGAGGAAAUCGUCACGUCGUUGCGCUCCGCUUAUCACAUCUGGAUCAGGGCUAGCAAGAGAUCGCAGGAGGCACGGAAGGUUGCUACAGCCGUGAAGCUUGUUCUCUCUAAAGUUCACGGCAGUGGUGUACAGGCUACCGAUUCGGCGCACGCGGCUCACAUAGGUGCCCAACUUGAUUUGACUUCCCCAUCCCAGAUUUUCGACACCAACAAUCUUGGAUUCGCUGUUCCCGACUCGGAUGCAUUUGACAUGGGCAAUAGUGCUUUUGGUCACCCGUUCGAUUUUGGCUUCAUGCCAAUGGAUCUGGACCAGUAUAACUUACCUCUCGAUUGGUGCAUAUGUCUUCUGCUAUGGACAUCAUUCACCCGUCCUUAUGUACUGACAUCCGUCAGCACUGUCAGUCUCGCCGCUAGCGCCUUUCAACCACACGGUGUGUCGAUGAGCAAGAUGGACCACAUAGAGGAGACCUUCUACAUGGAGAAAGAGAUAGCCAUUGAGCCCGAUCUUGGAGACUUGCGGAAGUCGACCGACAAGGCCCUGCCGGCGCCGCCCAAGACACCGAAGAGGGUGUUGAUGAAGUACCGGUUCUCUGCGAUCCUUUCGAUCGCAUUUGCGGUAGCAAGCUUCGUCUUCACGCUGGUACUGGUACUGGCGGGGAGCAAUGAACAUAUGUUUGGUGGACAGUACAUCGUGGCAGUACGUAUACCGACCUCGGUGAAAUGA